GCGACAUCAGAAUAAUAUCAUCCUCAUCGAGCUGAAGGGCGCGUAUUGCUCUGCUCAGUUCGGGAUAUCAGAACUCUAGGACACGUACAAUAGAUUGAUACCCCACCCACCACCUAGCGCGCAUCGUGUGGCAUUCAUCAUAUGAGGCAUCAUCAACAUUUUCGCUUGGAAACUGAUGGCUGAUGUUCUUCGUGUCUCAUAACUUUCCUUCCUUUGCACAUGAACCUUAGUAGGUGACCAGCUUGACCAGGUCUGUGAUGGAGACUGAGGCAGAGACUGACGUAGACUGUUUGGUGGACACACUCCCUUACAUAGACAGCGUCUACAGCGAUUCUCCUGAACCGUCUCCCAACCGGAUCACUGACGUGUCUGGGGACAACGGGACCUCUCAGACUUGGUUCGGUGAUGAGUCCACGCUCUCGGUCACUCCCCAAGACCAAGAAGAGGUAAAAAGAUCGUUACUUUCUGCACACGAACAGGACAACGUUCACCAGGAAACUCCUGCUAGCUCAGUGGCAAAGUCUCCGGACGUACUUGUUCAGCCGUGUGAUGAAGACACUGAACAUGUUGACCUCCACAAUGGCGAAAGUGUCACUUUACUAACACCUCUACACACAGACAACAGACAACUGGACGUCGGUGCACGAUAUCUUACGGAGCCCGGUCAUGGUACUAACAAAGAAACAGAUCAGAGAGAAACAUUGGCGAUGUUCAGCUCUGAUGGUAACAAAAGAAACAGUGGGUCUUCUUUCAGUAAAUCCUCACCAUCUGAUAGUGAUACAUUUCCCAACUCAAAGUCUGUGCCGCAUGUGACCACGCCUCAAGAAUCUCAAAUUGCCUCCCCAGCUGGGAUAAACACGAUGUCCCCUCAAAACCGUUUUUCCUACGGCAGUCAACGCAGUUCCAUGUCAUCCAUUGCCUCACUAUCUGAAGGUGUCGGAGAAAGUGCAGGGGAAGACAACCCCAUGUCACCGAGCGACUUUUCCAGAGCUCUACAGCUGACCUGCGCCCUGAAAAGGAUGAAUAACUUCAAUAAGGGUCCAAGUGUACAGGAAAAGGAAGAAACUCAUAACAGUGUGAAAACUGCUGCGCCUCAACGGUUCCUACUGGAUGACGGGAGACAAAACUCUGAGCAGACAACAACAAAAUCUCCUGAACCAUUAAACAGCUCUUAUGUUUCGGGCAAACAGGAAGGAGAAAACAACGACCAAAGUUUAUUAAACGAGACUGGUUUAGAAUUGGCCAGUGGGGAAAACAAAGCCCCGGAAAAAGAAACGAAGGCUGCAUCAAGGCUACGUUCUCUAUUCACGAAAUCGAAGUCGCCAUUUUGGAAGAAGAGCAAAGACGGACCAGGGGUCUCCAAAGCGGAUACCCCAACCUGUUCUAAAGAAACUGAUGAAGAAGAAGGCCAACUAAGUUCCCAUGAAUACUCUCAGGAGUUUUUGGCUGAUACUAUCGCUGCAAGAAGUACCAACAACGACAGCGAAGGCCAGAAUCAAUCAGCACUGGGCACAUCGGAAUCUUCACGACAUCAGCAAGACUCUUGGGACCUUGAUCAUGAAGGGGUUGCGCGCAAACUAGGGAGAGAUUUAGAAUGUUCGAAAGAAGAGGUGAAGCAGAUCAUUCUUGAACUGAAACGUCUGUCUUCAGAAAAUGAAAGUACAAUUGAACAUGAGGAUUCGAGGCCACAAUUUCUCGAGACGUCUCAGAAUGAGGAAGAAGAAGUUGAAACAGGAGACAGAUCUACAGAAUCUGGAAGUAUUUCACAGGGUAAACGGUCUGAACAACACUCCGAUGGACGCCCAACGAUACGUUUACAAGAGCCAGGAGGCGAUGUCGUACUUACAAGAAUUGAUGAGAAGAGCAGUCAGUCUGAGUCCGCCGAUGGUGGCCUGAGAACCUCUGUUCACAGUGGAACAAGCGCUACUGACACCACCAAACCAUCCAGCCCUCAACCCCCGGGGCCAACGGUACCAGACAACCUUCGUGGUAAACGCCAUGUCUCCUUCGCAAUUGGUGGCAAAGUGAUCACUAUCCUGAAUGAAGACACGCCCGCCUACAAGCAGGGGCAUGGUGAACACCAGAGCACAAAAUACGAUGGCGGAAUCGCCACUCAUCACCUGGCGUCAGAGCGGAAGAAGUCACUGUUGGAAAGGUCCCUGUCUUUAAGCUGCGACAAACCACGUCAAGACCACGAAGAACUCCACAGAACGUCCAGCCUCCCUUCUGACAUGAAAAGAAAAAACAGAGCUGACACUUGUGAGAUUGGAACAGCAUCAAGUUGUGAGUUGAACGUCAAAGAAUCAGUGGGAGACAAUGAAGGUUUUUGUUCCGAAGAACACAGUGGUGAAAAUAACAUUUCUGACGAAGAAACGCCGGGACAACAGAAUGAAACAAAGAAAGAGGGGGACCUAGGGGCAACAAAUAACGCCUUUUUAGAAAGCCCCACACUUUCAUGCAGCCCUACAAAAAGUAACGACCAGCUGCCGCCCGUGAGCUCAGAGGCGAUAGAAAACUCACGCUUCUCCAAAACCGCCCACAGCGGCUCGUUCAAACUUGGGACAGAUCGGAGAGAAAGACCUGCUCUUAAAGGAUGGUUGUCAAUGGACGAUGCUGUGUCCGAGUCUUCUCCCCUGGCUCAGGCUGGUUCCGCCGAGAGCAAGAAGAGGCGUCUGUACAGCGACACAGCGGUUCAGAACGUUGACCUCCGACCUGUGCUGGCAGACCUGAGCGAGGAAGACCCGGAUGGGGAGUCCGGCAACCAAUCAGAGGACGGGAACAUGAACGUGGAGGAGGACACACUCAGCUUGGAGUUUUUCGUGCCGGGGAAAAAGAAGUACAUCCGGCUGCACAGAGCGACGUUCAUCGCCUUUGUGCUCAAAUACUCCAUCUUCUUGUCUACUUUCAUUUUCUGGGCAAGUAUCUUAUUGUUUAAGUAAGAGUUUUACGGCACUUGCAACACAAUAAGGUCACAUAAGUGAAGAAGAU